CUGCUUUUGACUUUUAGGAUAAAAACGUAUAAAUAUGCGUCCAUGAAUUGUUCAGGACUUGCAUUGCUUUCUUUAUCUACCAAUCAAAAUCAUGACUCUUUCGACGCUUAAAAACUGGCUUGACACUACCCAGGGACCCAGUGAAGUGGCCACCAGUGAGGCCGCCGAAUAUGCCGUCAGCGGCGCCCUUUUCAUAGGCGAGGAUCCCUCCGAUCCGGAUGCCAAUGGGUCGGAGAUUUUUGAGUAUCCGGAGAACCAUCCCGUUGCUGUGAGCUCGAUCAUCCAGCAUGCCAGCAACAGAGCAAAAUUCGAUCCCUCAUCGCAGUCGUUAAAGGAGGCCGCCACGGGUCUUGAGGAAUUUAUUACGACGAUCACCACCUUCCCUGCCUUUACGGUUGCUAGCGAUUACAAAGAUUUGAUUCGCCACAAUGGCGAUAUCCAAGCAUUCUUAGAAGAGGUCAACAGGUAUUACUUACGCAGUCAUGAAAAAGAGCGAAAGGAAGCGACAAACAAGAUCAUGAGUGGACUCUUGUCGCAUGAACACUCUGGCGCGCACAGUUACACUAUUUCCCAUCUGACCAUCGAAAAUCUCGGCACCGAAGACGAUCUGUUCCUCCGUGUGCUCUCUAUCAAUCAAAACGUUGACCACGAUGAUAAUGGUAUGAUCAUGUUGACGCAGGAUAACGCCGAAUUGACCAUCACCAAAUUCAAAGUGGACCGCAAGUUUCUGGAGUCCAACGCAGAUAAUCUUGCCACUUUUAUCUCGCGUGCCGAUAUUGAAGAUGUUGUGAAGAAAUUGACCACCCCUCAUUGCAUUCUGCUCUCUUAAAACGCAAAAUAAUGGCUUGUUUUCUUGUAGUCAGAAAACAUGCACCUCGAUUAAGCUGUAUGUUGAAUAAAAAAAAAACAGUUCC